UCGACAUCGCACUCCCGUCGUGUAGUAAGUUGAAUCUGGCCCAAACUGUUGACGUAUAUAUGUUAAUGACAGGGGAAAAUAACAGUUGGAUCCCAAUAGCAGCUAUUAAUCAACACCCCUGUAACAAUGGCCGUGCGAGUUUGAAUUGAACAGUGCAGUAUGUGGGUUUCCGGAAUAAUGCCUUGAUCAGACCAUACAUCUGCGCAUGACGAGGGGACUACAUCAUGCGCGCAUCUCUCAUCCUCAUCUUCGCUGAUCCAUGGCUGUGGACCACACUGUGCUGUGUCGGGGGCAUGGACGAGGAAUACGAAUCUGGACGGUCCUACGUCCUCAACCCCCUGAGACUGUCCUGGGGGGACGCGGCAAGUGCAUGCCGGGAGAUGGGGGGAGAUCUGGCGGUCAUUAGGAGCAUGUCCACCCUGCCUACCAUCCAGCUGGAAGGAGACUGGACAUUCUGGAUCGGCCUCACGAAGAACGAAGAAGGCAGGUGGCUAUGGAGUAAUUCUGACAAACCGAUGUGGACAAACUGGCAGACAACCUACAUCCAAAACUUACAGAUCCCCAAGUUUGGCUGUGCUUCAGCUGUCACUAUGAUGCCGUAUUGGUGGCAACCUAAAAACUGCAGCAGCCCGCUCCCAUCGCUGUGUGAGCUGCAGGAAGGUGAGUGCACUUUCGUACGCCACAACCACUCCAGCGUCAUUGCCAACAACGUGAAGAUUCCUUCUGGCGUGGAUCUUGAAGAGUGCAAGAGGCUCUGUGAGACCGAGACCGACUUCACCUGCCGCUCUUUUGAAUACAACAGCAAGAGACACUACUGCCAAAUGAGCGACGUGGACCGUCACACAAGCGGAAUCAGGUUCACGGAAAGCGAUGAGGAACUCGACUACUACCACCGUACAUGUGAUACAGGUCGUCUGAAGGCUGGAUACACCGUCUCUCCCAUCGGUAUCAUCACACAGGAGUACAAGACAACCCCAGAUCCAACCACACCAGAACCGACGUCGAGUUUGUUUUGCACACAACUGAAGUCAAUUGACCCAAACACAACCGAGCCGGUCCCUGAGGAAGUUAAAGAACUUCAGUCUAUGAAUGUAGUGUUUAAAGCUCGCCAGACGACGCUGAAGAGAAUCAGCGUCCCUGACGCCAGACCUUCAGCUACGUACGUGGGAUCAUCUGCCGUCAUCAUCUCAUUCUCAAUCAUUGGAGCGAUCGUCUUAUGUGACCUCUUUACCUUGCCACGCCAUUGCAGAAACGCACAUGGACGCCUGAAGCAGAAGAAGAAAGAACCCAUAGAGAUGAAGUUCGCUGAUCGGAGUCACCUGAACAUCACGGACCACAUGAAUGGAGUAAAACUACACAUGCAGCAUCUUUCUAAAAACAAUACAGCAACUGACAGUAAGGAAGAAAACGUUGAUCCAUUGACAAAUGCCGAGGUUCUAAGUGAACACUCCUUCAGUAAGAUUAUGAACACGGACGUCGGAGAAGACGGCAUCGUUCCCAAUGGAACCUUACAACGCAAAACCUCAUCCAGGACAUAUGAUUGGUCGGAUGAGGAGGACCCAACCGAACCACGUGAUAUCCUUGAAAUUGAAAUAGAAUGCGACACUAACGAUGCCAAAAGCGAGGAUGUUGAUCUCGAUGCAUCUUCAGGUAGUUCAAAGUACAUUUACCGGACGUACAUGAGCACGGACUUAUGAAGUGCUUGGCAGCUGUGCUCACGGUGCUUGUAUUCCGAUGUUCAAUUUGUGCCAUAUAUUUCAGUUGCUUUGUGUGUUUAUGGAUAUCGGUGUCAUUGGGAAAACAAUCCCGCAAGUUAGACAGAUAUACACUCUCACUACAUUCCUACUGGAAGGGUUACUGCCUUGAAGACAGCAACACCAGGUGGAUGGACGAUCAUAUGGCAACUGUGAAAAUAAUUAUUAUAGCAACAAGUAAGGGGCGGCCAUUGUAUCACCAAGAGUGGGUAUGUUAAGGAUGAGAGUCGAUAUAAAGGAAUUAAGCUGGAGGUAUUUAUUCAAGACAAAAUAUAAUAUUUUUGUUUCCUACAUUCCCAUGUUUUGUACCUGUCAUGCGUAAUGCUUUUGGAAUUGAUAAGAAAUAUAUAUCAGUUCUCUUUGCAAGCUGUUUACCCACCCACUUUGAAAACUAUCUCCCCAAAUAAUGUUCUCGAUAUGUAACAUCUACUCUUGUUUUACUAUAUUUGGGGUUGUAUGUUUAAUGGUUACACUAUGUUUUAUAAUAAAAUAAUAAAUUAUUCACA